AUGGCUAUUGAGAGCAAUGAAAAAGCUUCACUGUACCGCAUGAUUCCAAAUACACAGAUGCCUGGGAAGAUAGUAUUCGUGGAUAACAACUUCGAGAAGCAAAAUAUUACUGAAGGCCCCGUUUCAGAAGCGCUAGCUCUCAGUCCGAUAGGUAGUGGCAAACGUGCUGCCACCUCAAUGCAAAACUACAAUCUACGUAGAGGACUCAGUGCAAGCGCAGCAGUAUUGACGAAUUUGGAGUCAGUAUACAUUACUGGUCCGGGUGGACCUGAGGACCCAUUGGGUGCGGCCGAAUACCCGGAAGUUGUCACUCGUUCGGCAUUCAACUACCCUCAUACCGUAUCGCGAGAUGGUCUGCAAGGUACAGAAUUUUCGCCCGCAGUAUUUAGAACACUUAUGGGAACAAAAGGCACCGCCCAGGCUGUCAACAUCGGCCAACAUGGCGAAUACGAUGCUGCAACCUUUCAACGCCGCUGUACAAGCUUAAAACCGACAUCUGGAAUUGUGACUACUGCCAAUCCCUAUCAUUACAUUCAUCCUCCUUAUGUUUACACGCCCAUAGUUGGUAGUCCCUCUUCUCAGGUGGUUCAGUGCAGAGGGAUUUCAGAGCCAAAUAACACCGACACUUCGCCUUACUCUCCGCAUAGUGUCCAACAUAGACAGCCAUAUAUCUUUGCUAACGAGCGCCAUACUUACCAUGAUCUCGACAUCCUUGCGGCCACGCUACAACGCCAGCGCAGACCACCAGAAAAAUUUGUGGAAAUUGCUCCACCAGGUGUUUCUAGCCCUUCGUACGGUAGACUGCGACAACCGAUCAGCAGCUACGCUAUAGCUUCUCCAAAUAAGCGUUAUGUGGCUAUAAAUACUCGAAUGGCCCCCGAUGGUGAAGUGACCUCACUUAUGGAGCCAAUGACCACCAUUAAGAGAGUGAGAAUACCCAUCGCUCCAACAGUGCAGAUAGAUUCAACAGGUGAAGGAGAGGGCGGCAGAACCUCGGAUGAGGGCGCCAGUGAGGCCUUCGACCAACAAAGCAGUCCAAACUCCCUUAGCGAGGCCUUUACUGAGGCAGAGUUCGAAGGUGGCUUGGUUGGAGAAGAAGAGGAGCCAGAAUCAAUUACUGAUCCAAAUGCCAAGUUGAUCAUAUAUGAAGGCGAGCAAACUCUGACUUUAAAGAAGAUGAGAGCAGAAGGGAAGCAGUUGCAAACACCUCCACAUCACCAGCCGGAAUCCGAAAGUCAGGCAACAGAAGAAAUAGUGGUCAGUUCUGAACCGGGAUUCCCACCGUCUACCACUGAAAGCGUUCAACAACCACUGCCAUCACAAAUGCCGUUGACUUACACAGUGCACGAAGCAAGUUUUGUUUAA